GUCACCAAAGUUCCCGGAUGCUGUCAUUCGCCAUGUUGAUGAACAUGGAUUUUAAACAGAAUAUUUCCAGAGAAUGAAUGAAUGAAUGGCUAAUGAGUUUCUUUAUAAAAAUUCUUAGUGUAGUCUUCUUAUACCAGAUAUUGACAGACCAAAUCAAUGAGAGUUCUUGAGAAGGAAGUAGUAUCAACGUACAGUAUGGGAAAGAAGAAUAAGCACAAGCUUAGGAAAAGCAAGGAAAAUGAAAAUUCUGAUUCAUCAGAAGAAGUUUCGGGUAAAGGAUGUAUGCAUGUUAGUAAGGCUAUUAACUUCAGUGCAAUGAAGAAAAGUCUUGGUAAACAACCAUUUGGAGAAUGUGCUAGCUGUGCUAAGGAUGUAACUAAGAAAGAGCCAAAGACAUUGAUGGAUCAUUUAGAAGGCGCUACAAGUAGUGACUUUGUAGCGGAGGAGGAGCCAACAUUGUGGGUGUGUCUACAGUGUGGUCACCAGGGGUGUGGUAGAACUAGCCCAGAAAAACACGCCCUCAAACAUUUUCAGACUCCUAGAUCUUCCCAACAUAAUAUAGUUAUAAACACGUCAACAUGGACAGCUUGGUGUUACGAUUGUGAUGAUGAGCUGCUACCUGAGAAAUACAAGAAAGUAGCCGAGUGUAUGGAACAUAUAAAAAAGAUUGCUUGUGUGCCUUCUACAGAUACAUCACAUGGUAAGAACAGUAAUGGAGGUACAUCUACAGGAUCAGAUUCUGUUCUCAACAAAGGUCGACCUCUGUCCGGAAAAGGGGCAGCAGCUGGCUGCCAGAAGGUCAAGGGAUUGAGUAACCUAGGCAACACUUGUUUCUUCAAUGCUGUGAUGCAGAAUUUGGUACAGACAUACAGUUUGGAGAAUUUACUGGGAGAGAGAAAGAAAGGUCAUCCACUGAGGUUACAAGGUGAUCUAUUUAUAGACCCAGAAUCUUGUAGUUCUAGUGAUGAAUGCGACGAGAAAAAUCAGAAAAAUACAUUAAAAGAGUUGCCUGCCAUAGAAGUAAGUAUAAAUGACCCAGGUCCUCUCACACAUGCCCUGGUUGUAUUUCUACAUGACAUCAACACUACGUCAAGAUCAGGAUGUAUAAAUCCCACAGCUCUGUUUGGACAAGUCUGCAAAAAGGCACCAAGAUUUAAAAGUAUGCAGCAACAAGAUAGUCACGAGUUACUACGAUAUCUGAUGGAUAAUAUGAAAACUGAGGAAAUUAAGAGAGGUCAGAGUGGUAUUCUAAAAUAUUUUAAAUUGUCUGAAAACACAAAUCCUAAAAAGGUGGAUGAGGAAGUUCGACUAAAAGUAAAAGCAUACGGACAUCAGAUAAAGCAUACGUUUGUAGAAUGUUUGUUUGGAGGGCAGCUGAUCAGCACUGUAGUCUGUGAGGAAUGUAAAUAUAUAUCUCAGAUUUUAGAACCUUUCCUAGAUCUUUCUCUGCCAGUAACUGAGGAAAAGCCACAGAGACCAAACCAGCUUCAUGGUGCUAGAAAGAAAGAAUCUGGUACAGAUAUAAAGGAAGAGACAAGUGUAGUGAAAGGUGUGGAAGGUUUGGCAGUGAAAGAUGAAAAGAUGUCUAAACAUCAGUCCAAAAAAAUGAAGAAACGACAGAAAAGAGAUGCUAGGCGUUCAGGGAAGAAUAAAGGUAGUGUUGAUGAUGGAGAGAAGGAUGAAGAUGAUAAUGAUGAUAAAGAAGAAGAAACAGAAGAAAAAGGUGAUGGAGAGACUGAGAAAAGUACAGAACAAGAAGAAAAAUAUGAUGCUUCAGAUGCUGAUGUUGAAGAUAAUUUAGAAAGUGACACAUCAAGAUGUUACAAUAAAACAUUGAGUGACAGUAUUGUAGGAAGUCUGGAUGAAACUAUUGUAGAAACUCCAGAAGAUAGGCCAACCAUUAGUCAGGAAAUGGAUAUCUCUGCUUAUAGACUGGAUACCACUCCAUGUAACACUAGUAUUGAAGUAGACAUGAAAAUUGAGAACCAGUCUCUGUCACCUGACCAAUCUAUUGAAAAUAGUUCUUUUAUACAAGCAUCAGGAUUGGAUAAUUCAAAAUUGACUGAACCAAUGGGUGAUGUUGUUACAAAUGGUUGUGAUAAAGAAGAUGUAAAUGUUAGUUAUACUUUAACAAAUGGGUGUCUAGAAGAAAAUAAUGUUAGGUCGAAGUCGAAUGAAGAUACUGUAGAUGCUAGUUUCACAUUUACAUGCAGCACAGUUACAAAUGGUUUAUGCAAUGGUGAUAUUAACACUGAAAGUGAAAACCCCGAUAUAAAACUAGUCAAUUGUAAAGAAAACAUUAAAAAAUCUGAAAAUAACUCAAAAACUACACAACAAACAAAUGGUGAUAUAGCAACGGAAGUUAAUAUAGGUAGUAAAGAAUUAGACAAUGAUGAUGUGAAAAGUAAAUCAGAUAAAUCUGUGACUGAUUUAACAUCAAGUGUAAGUACAUUGAGUAUAGGAGAUAUAUCCAGUAGUUUACCCAGUGAUUUAAGUCAAAUGACUCUCAAAGAUGCUACAGAAGAUGAUAGAGAAGAUAAUAAACACAAAGUAGAAAGUGUUGAUAAUAAAGGUCUAUAUAUAAACACAGACAACUCUACGAAUAGUGCUGAGCAGACCAUAGUUAAUGGUGAAAUAAAUAACAGUAUGCAGUAUAAAUAUGUAGUGAGUUUAUCACCCACAUCAAAACACCAUAAACUGAAGGAAAUCCAGAAAGAAGGGCAAAGAAAAUCUGUUAAUACACUUGCAGAAAGGUAUCAUCCAACGUCUGGGGAAUGUUCCCUUGAGUCGUGCCUGAAUCAAUUUACUGCAGCAGAACUCCUGACUGGAAACAACAAGUUUGGAUGUAAAAAUUGUACCAAACUUAAAUAUAAAAAUAACCCAAACAAAGAGAAAAAAGAGACAGUGUAUUCAAAUGCCAACAAGCAAUAUUUGAUCUUCCAACCUCCAGCAGUACUGACCUUACACCUUAAACGAUUUGAACAGGUUGGAUUUAGCUCAAGGAAAGUCAAUCGUCAUGUAGAUUUCCCAUUUAUACUCGACAUAGCACCAUAUUGUAGCUCCCUUACACAGGGGAUAAAAAGGGGUCAGAAGAAGAUCUUGUACUCCUUAUAUGGAGUAGUAGAACACAGUGGCCGGCUUACAUCUGGUCAUUAUACGGCCUAUGUCAAAGUACGACCUAACAUAGGAACACUCAACAAUUUCCUAAACAAACAUAAUGUGACUUUAAAAGAAUAUUUGCAUACUUACGCCCAGCAUGUAGUGAAUGGUGACCGGCUGGAGGAAGAUUGCAGUGAUGGUAUAAAUUUAGAAGGGCUGGUUCCCCCAGGACGCUGGUACCACAUUAGUGACUCGCGUGUCAACGAAGUUACAGAAGCAUCUGUAGAAAGAGCUCAGGCCUAUAUUCUUUUCUAUGAAAGGAUUUACUAAGUAAAACUACUUUUUAAAAUUAAAAAAAAAAGAAAACAUUUAUAUAAAUAUAUAUUAUAACAGGUUGUUUUAUAUGCUAAUGACCACAAUAACUUUUUUUAAUACAAUAUUUAAAUAAUGGAAAACUUGACAAUUUCUUAAAUGAUAUUUGUUAUUGUUGUUAUAUACUUGGAUAUAAAAGCUGGUAUGUCUGAUAGGAUGAGUUUUUUUUUAUUAUUAAGGACAUUUAAAUUAGAUCCUGAAUAUAUUGUGAAAAUAUUUACAAUUUUUUCAAAGUAUGAACCAAUGCUAACUUGGACAUCAUAGUAAAUGAAAUUUCUAAUAUUCACUGUUUUAGUAAUGAAUACACUAUUUUUCAUGUCUUCCAAAAUUUUAUGUGCCUCCAUUUUACAAUAAUUUAUUUUCUUUAAAUUUUCAUAAAUUGAAGACAUGUAUUUAAGUAAAGAUCAAUUUUUUUAUGCAAUAAAACUUUAGUAUAUUGAAUUGACAGACUGGUUAAAAUACAUUUGAUUUUAUUUCAGUUGACUUUAAAAAAUUGUUUUGUUGAACUUGUAUGUUGUUUAAUAUUGAGCAAAUUUUUCAUAUUUCUAAGACUUAAUUUUUACUGCAGGUUUACAAAAAUAAAAAGUUGAGCUUUUUUAGAGAUGAAUAAAAGGGUAAAUAGUAGGGACCAUAAGUUGGGCAAGUUAAAUUAGGAUCAGAAAUGAAACAAAUAUUAAAUCAAGGUAAUUAAACAAGUUGACAACAACAAAUGACUGUAAGGUUAGUUUGUAGGCAACAAAAACAUUUUAAACAUAUUGUUUAUAUUUGAAUGAAAAUAAAAGUGCAAUAAAUCAAAUGGGAUAUCUGUAUUUAACAGAUUAUGUCACAUGUUAAAAGCUAAUUAAUUUUAGGGUCUGAGGCUACAAGCAAAUCUCCUAAUCUCAAAACCGCCUCCGUGGUCGAGGGGUUAGAGUCGAUGACUUCUAAUCCAGUUACCUCUCUGGCGUGGGUUCGAUCCUUGGGAGAUGCUUUGGUAGUUUAGCAUGGAGGAAGGUAGUCUAGAACUGGUGUAACUCUCCAGGAACGAUGGUUAGGAAAC